AGGGCGGGCAGUGCGCGCUCCUCCCCGUCGCUCCCUCCGCGUUGAGGCCCGCCCGCAGGGCCGGCCGCCUGUCAGAGGGAGGUGGCGAUGGUGCUCUUGGUGGCGGCAGCGGCGGCAAAGCUUUCCUUGGGCGGACAGCAGGGAAAAGAAGAUGACUGACCGAUCAACUGGAUGAAUGAAUGAAUGAAUGGCGGAGCCGAGCGCGCCAUGAGGAGCCUGCCGAGCCUGGGCGGCCUCGCCCUGUUUUGCUGCGCGGCAGCCGCAGCCGCUUCAGCAGCCUCGGCAGGGAAUGUCACCGGUGGCGGCGGGGCCGAGGGGCAGGUGGUCGCGUCGCCCAGCCCUGGGCUUCGAGAACAGACCAGCAGCCCUUUCUCUAAGGCCGCGGCUCCCACGGCGCAGGCCCCGCGGACCGGCCCCCCGCGCACCACAGUCCACAGAACCGGGGCUGCGACCCCGUCAGCCGGCUCCCCGGAGACCAUCCCUGUCCGCACCAGCGCACAACCCGCAGCCACCCUCUUCCCGGUUGUGGACCUGUCGUCCGCCACCCCUUCGGAGGACGGACACACUCCCACCACCGAACCACUGCCUUCCAGACCCGCGCCCACAACUCUUGCGAGCACAGCUGGCCAGGCGCCGACCACCUCUGUAGUCACCACCGCUCAGGCUUCCAGCACUCCGGGGACCCCGACUGCCGAGUCCCCGGACCGUGGCAGAAACAGCAGCAGAGUCCCGCCCACCGCACCUGUCACCGAAGCCCCUACUCCUCCUCCCCCAGAGUAUAUGUGUAACUGUUCUGAGGUUGGAAGUUUGGAUGUAAAGCGCUGCAACCAGACCACAGGGCAGUGCGAUUGUCAUGUGGGUUAUCAGGGUCUUCACUGUGACACCUGCAAAGAGGGCUUUUACCUGAAUCACACUGUUGGUCUCUGCCUGCCAUGUCACUGCAGUCCACGUGGAGCAGUUAGCAUCCUCUGUAACAGUUCUGGGAAUUGCCAAUGCAAACUGGGUGUCACCGGCUCCAUGUGUGACCAAUGCCAAGACGGACAUUAUGGCUUUGGUAAGACAGGCUGCUUGCCCUGCCAGUGCAACAACCGGUCUGAUAGUUGUGAUGUUCUCACAGGUGCUUGUUUAAACUGCCAGGAAAAUACUAAAGGUGAACACUGUGAAGAAUGCAAAGAAGGAUUUUAUCAGAGUCCUGAUGCUGCAAGAGAAUGCCUUCGCUGCCCGUGUUCAGCAGUGACUUCUACAGGCAAUUGCACCAUAGAAUUUGGUGCGUUGGAGCCUACAUGUGACCAGUGUAAAGAUGGUUACACAGGCCAGAACUGCAAUACAUGUGAAAAUGGCUAUUACCAUUCUGACAGCAUCUGUCUACAGUGUGAAUGUCAUGGCCAUGUGGACCCAAUUAAAACUCCAAAGAUUUGCAAGCCCGAGAGUGGUGAGUGCAUCAACUGCCUUCAUAACACCACUGGGCUCUGGUGCGAGAAAUGCCUAGAAGGCUAUGUUCGAGACCUUCAGAGAAACUGCAUCAAGCAAGAAGUUAUUGUUCCAACUCCUGAAGGUUCUACCAUUUUGGUUUCCAAUGCCUCUUUGACCACAUCAGUGCCCACCCCUGUUAUAAAUAGUACAUUUGCCCCCACAACCCUGCAGACUAUCUUUUCAGUAAGCUCUUCUGAAAACAGCACCUCAGCUCUUGCUGAUGUAUCAUGGACCCAAUUUAACAUCAUCAUUCUGACAGUCAUCAUCAUUGUGGUAGUGCUGCUAAUGGGAUUUGUAGGAGCUGUGUACAUGUACCGAGAGUACCAAAAUCGGAAACUCAAUGCUCCCUUUUGGACCAUCGAACUGAAAGAAGACAAUAUCAGUUUCAGCAGCUACCAUGACAGCAUACCCAAUGCAGAUGUAUCGGGAUUGUUAGAGGACGAUGCCAAUGAAGUGGCUCCCAAUGGGCAGCUGACCCUGACAACGCCCAUUCAUAACUACAAAGCCUAAGAAGCUGAGUUGUCCUCCUGGAUUUUCAGAACAUAGUGCUCACUAAUACAGCACCUGACACCUGGCUGCACAGAGCCUGGGUAGAGUUUGCUGAGAAAGGUACUGUGCAAAUGUUCAGGUACAAACUGUAGUGCACUUAGCCUGUCUGUUGCUCUUAAUUCCCCAUGAAGAUCUGAAGCACUCAUCAUUGAGGACUUGAAGUAAAGUAUAUUUUUGUAGCAAACCACAUGUGUGUAUGGAAAGGCUGAAUCUCACAGAGCAGCCUAAGUCUACCUGGCCUCUCAAAGGACUGCUCAGAAAGUGUUCACCUCACCAGGAGUGACAGAAUGUUGAUGUGGAGGAGAAAGACCGAUGGAAGCCUUCAUCUACAUUUUGGAAACAUAUUUUAUAAAAGAGAGGCAGGGAAUGUGUUCAUUUUACUAUAUUAAGAGAGAUGAUAUCUAGGCUAUACAACAGUAAAAAAAUCUUGGUCAUGUGUAGACUAAGGGUAGCCAGGUCCCAAGAAGUUCUGUAGAAGGGCUUGGCUUUCCACCCAAGAGUGUCCUUCAAGAAUGGAAUUAAAGCACAGGAUAAGCUUCCAUGGUGAGGGCAGGCACAGCACCCAGAAAGCAGAAAGCUGAUGGUCCUCCUUGGAGAGGUUCCUGCCUCUAAAGAAGAAACAAGGUGUACAUAAUUAAUGUAGCAUUAUCUGGUCAACAUUGUACUUGUAUCUAUUUGUAAAAAAUCAUGUCCUAUUUUAUCAUCUAGACUUUAUCUGUAUAGCAGUUAAUGGUGUUGUAAAAAAGAAGAGAGGGGAAAUUGGUUAAAAUACUGUAAAAUAGAUGACAAUAUUGCUAGAGCUGGGACUCUGGUGAGCAUCAGUCAUUUUAGUUCCUAUUUGGACAGUUUUGAAAUUUAUAAGAGGUCAAAUUUUUCUAAUCUUUCCUCCCUCAACCUAGAGUCAUAUGCUAAGUGACUUACCAUAGAUUCAAGCAAUAGAUUUUGAAGUCUAUAAUUGUGAAACUGGAACACAGGCCGCAUUCUCCAGACCCACCUAAUUAGCCACUCUGUUUUACAAUGCUCAGUGUAGAUAUCCUCAAGAAAAGACUUCUUUCCUGAAUGUAAAAGACAGUCUUCCAAAGGAUAGUAAUUUUAAAUUAAAAAGAAAAGCCAUCACAUCACUUUGGGUCCCUUGUUUUUAUACCCAUGAAAUAUUUAUGUGCCUCCCAUAUCUGCCAAAAUAAAGGCCUCUGACAUGUGAGUGUAACCUGUCACCCGUGCAUCCUGAGGAAUGCUUGGCUUC